CAGUGGAAGCCACCGGGCUUGGCAUAGACAUCAUGGGUAACUGCAUUCGCACGACAAAAAAGAAAAAUGAAUUCUGAACCUUUUCAAAAGUCAAAUUCCACAGUUAGCCUCAAACCAUCCAGUAAAUUCAUUUACGUUUGGAUCUCUUCUUUCAAAUCUGACAUUAACCUUUUCUGGAGCAGAAAUCAGCUUACAAAAUAAUCACGAAAAGAAGGCAAAAUUUUUUUCUCGGGAGCCCCUGACCUUCCCUUGCAGACAAUAAAAAUGAAAGAAUUAUGCAACUUGAUACAAGGCAGGUAGAUCUGCCCUUAAUUGUAGCAGGCGUUCGGAAUAUACAGACCUUCCAAAUCGGAAUUUAAAUGGAAAUGUUAUACGUGAGGAGCUGAAAGAAAGAAAAGCAUUUCCCCCCCCCAAAAAAUCUCCCAGAAAUAACAUUAUUGAUGUACAGUAACACCAAAACUGCAAAGAGAAACUAGACAAAUCGAUCCAAUAAAAGCCUAAAAUAUCAAUAGACAAAAUGAUAUGAUAUUAUUUAAACAAAGCAAAAUCCCUUUGGCUCUCAUACAGGUAGUCCUCGAAUUACGACCAUCAGAGACCCCACCCCCCCACGGUUAUAACUCAUUACGGUCAUAAAGCGAGUCAGUUUUUAUGACCCACCUGAUUGGAUGCCCUUUUUUUUUUUUGGCACCCGUCAUUAAGUGAAUCCUCAUGCGGGAAGUGAACCCCCGUGAUUGUUCAGCGAAUCAUAGAAGCCAACGGUGUGAUUUUGAGCAAAACCGUCGUAAAACACAGCCACGUGACUGCGGGACGAUGCAAACGGCCGUAAAACGAACCGUCCCGAUAGGUCGGUGGGGAACGUCAAACAGUCGCUAAGCGAUCCGUCGUAAGUCGAGGGAUGUCCGCCAGCCGUCCCUUCAUUUGCACAAAGGAUUGCACAAGGGGAGCCCAAAGAGAGGAGCCAUUUUUAUUUUAGUUUGGCUUAAGGACAGAGCUUGGAUUUUGCAAAAAGCAUUAGGAGAGGCGGUUUGCAGGGUAAAACUGCAAAUUAAGCGUGUAAAACUCCAGUGCAAACAACCUGAUUCCCACAAUCCAUCCCAGGCAAGAGGCAAAUUCCAAAUAGCGUAACUUUUGGCCAGGUGAAAAGGCAGAGAAUAUGGGUCUAGACCCCCCGUACGUUUUGGGGUUUCUUAUCUUGGUAGAACCUCCACGUCCAGGACAGUGGUGGGUUUCAAAAAAUUUUUACUACCGGUUCUGUGGGCGUGGCUUGAUGGGCGUGGCAUGGCUUGGUAGACGUAACAGGGGAAGGAUACCGUAAAACCUCCAUUCCCACCCUACUCCAGGGGAAGGAUACUGCAAAAUCUCCUUAUGAGCCGAGGUGGCGCAGUGGUUAGAGUGCAGUACUGCAGCUACUUCAGCUGACUGCUAGUUCAGCAGAUUAGCGGAUCAAAUCUCACCGGCUCAAGGUUGACUCAACCUUCCAUCCUUCCGAGGUGGGUAAAAUGAGCACCCAGAUUAUUGGGGGGCAAGAUGCUAUUUAGUAUGCUGUCUUUGGUGUAAGCCGCCCAGAGUCCUCGGAGAGUGGGCGGCAUAGAAAUAUGACUAAUAAAAAUAAAUAAAAAUAAAUUCCCACCCCGCUCCAGGGGAAGGUUACUGCAAAAUCCCCAUUCCCUCCCAAUCAGCUGGGACUCAGGAGGCGGAGAAUAGAUGGGGGCGGGGCCAGUCAGAAUUUUUUACUCAAAAACUACUCUACUCGAACUACUCAAAAUUUCCGCUACCGGUUCUCCGAACUACUCAAAAUUUCCACUACUGGUUCUCCAAACUACUCAAAAUUUCCGCUACCGGUUCUCCAGAACUGGUCAGAACCUGCUGAAAGCCACCUCUGGUCCAGGAGCAGUUUACCUUAGCGUGUCCUUUACUAGGAGAAGAAACAUCCAGAGAAGCUUUCCGGUUUUGGCCUCCGGGCGGAUCGGCGUGAAAGGGGAAGACGCUGAGCUAAGGGAAGCUCCGGUCUGGCUCAGAAUGGCUUUAUCUUGAUGACGUUUCUGCUGCGGCUUCUGGAAUGUUAUUGAUUUAGCCAACAGCACCGUGUAUGACUAUACAACCAAUCCUGACCUCUGGGAGCUGAUGGACAACUUCACCCAGAACGAAACAGCGGAAGACGACUGGUAUCAAAACUUCGCGGAACCGUGCCAGUACACCUUUUGUUCCAGUUUUAUCGGCGGGAUUCCGGUUUUCCUAGGCAUCACCUGCUUCCUGGGAAUUGUUGCCAACGUGGCGCUCGGCAUUGCCUUAACCAAAUGCCCUCGGUUUUGGGAUCAGUGCCAGCCAGGGAAGGUGGAGCUUGUCCUGCUCGCCGUCGGAGGGAUCAUCUAUGCUUUCACAUUGCCGUUUUUCGCCCUGGGCAUCGGCUGGAGGUGGGCCAUAGAAGACCGUCUCUGCCAAGUGAUCCAUGGACUGAAAUUCGGGAGCCUCUUCGCUCACGGCUUGUUGGCGGCUGGCACCGCCUGCCGAAGCUCAUGGGGUCUCCUUCAGCCAUUUCUGCCCACCCUGCUGUGGAUGAUGGGCUUCUUCUGCGCCAUCCCGGCCGCAUUGGUGAGCAGCACCGAUGGGCUUUGCAUCCCAGAUCGUCUCGCCAAGCUUCACGCCUGGUCCCUGGUCCACGUGGCCUUCUGUUUGGUGAUUCUGGCCCUUCUCCCGCUCAUCGUGGUCUUGACCACGGCGGGUCUCAAGGGGUGUGGAAAGAAGGGCCACCCCCGUUGGAACAUCAGCUGGGUUUUUUAUCUCUUUUGGGGUCCCUACGGGGUCGCCGUGUUUCUGGACAUGCUUCAAGAGGAAACAAAGUUUUCCCAAAGUUGCCGUUUUCUGGAACAUCUCAACUCCUUCUUGGGCCUGUCAGAAGGAUGGGGGAUGCUCCACUGUUACCUGGGCCCCUUUUUAAUUUUGGGGUUGGGCUUUUAUCACCGAAAGACGGCCUAAAAUGAUAAAGAGCUGAGAGAAAAUUCCUACAUAUAGUCCUCGACUUAUGACCACACUUUGAGGCCACAAUUUCAAUUGUUAAGCCAGGCGGUUGUGAAAAAUGAGCCGUGCCCGAUUUUACAACCACUGCAGUCGUUCGGCGAAUCACACAGUCAUUAAAUGAGUCCAGCUUCCCCACUGACUUCACUUAAUGGAUGUCAGCCUGAACUAGGUGGCUCAGUGGCUCAGACGCUGAGCUUGUCAAUCAGAAAGGUUGGCAGUUCAGCAGUUCGACUCCCUAGUACAGGUCUCCUUGCGUGAGCAGGGGGUUGGACUAGAUAACCUCUAAGGUCCCUUCCAACUCUGUUACUGUUAGUUUGAGCUGGGGAAAGGUCACAGAUGGAGAUCCGGGGACACACACACACCCUUCCCGGUCCGAAUUUCGAUCACGGCAUGGCGGGGAUGCUGCAAUGGUCAUAAAAGCGAGUCACUUUUUUCAGCGCCAUCAUCACUUCGGACGGUCACUAAAUGAAUGGUCGUAAGUCGAGGACUACCUGGCCCUUGAACAGUCUCCUUUACUUCCCGCGAUGAAGCCCCCGAGGGCAUUUCUGGUGCGUUGGCCACUGAACUUUCGCUAUUGAACAAAUCACGUUGUGUUUUCCAUAAAAGUGUGUGGGUGGGUUUUUUUUUUUUAUUGUUUAGCAUUGCAAAUAAAGAUCUUUGAAAUGGC